UUUAGUUUUGAAUCGAAGUUUUAUAUGUUUUUUUGAGCCAAAUUCCAUGUUUUCACAAGGUAUUAUUUUCGACCAGGUGCGUCUGUGUAUUCGAGGGGCGUUUUCCAGUUUUUGUGGAUGUAAUAAAUGCUUAACGAUGGUUUUUACAUUUUUGUGCAUUUUUUGACCCAAUUAUUUGCUUUAUCGUGUUGUGAUCUAACAAUUUAAAGCAAACAUGGCUACUUAAUGGGGUUUUCUGUAAUCCUGUUUGGGCUGGUUUUGAGCGGCGUUAGGGCUUGAAAAACCCCGACCAGGGGUUUUACAGAGUUUUUAGAAGUGCGAUAGUGGGGAAGUUCAUUGCCAUGUUGAGUCUGUUUCAAAUUAUGUGCUCAAAAGAUGCCGUUCAGUCAGAGGAGUUUGCUGAGCAAAAACAAAAGGAUUCAAAUGAUGCUGGGCUGUCAUCUGUUGAACUUGUGCCUGAUUCAAGCGAAUCAAAAGCAUCAAUUGUGGACCAUUACAUAAGAACAUUUAGAAAUGGAAGGCUAAUGAUAGUACAAGAGUUGACUUCUAACCCUAGGAAAGUUAAGACAAUGGAUGCCAUAUUAGGCAUAGAUAAAUCCACCCCUAGCCCUGGAAUCAGUAAGCGCGCAAAUCAAGGAUCUCAAAAAUCCACUCCUAGCACUGGAGUUGGGACGUGUAAAGAUUUAGAAUCUCAACAAGCUACCUGCAGCCUAAAUACAGAAUCCCAAGAAGCCAUCCCCAGCCCUGCAGUCAAAAAGCGUAAAAAAGAAGAAUCCCAACAAGACAAUUCCAGUCCUGGAAUCAAAAGGCACAAACGUUUAGAAGUCCAGCAAGCCACUCCUAGUCCUGGAGUCAGGAAGCAUCAAAUUGCAGGAUCUCAACACAAAACUAAAAGUUUGACAAUAUUAAGUAGUCAGAAAGCAAAGCACAAAUAUCAAGUUUCUGAAAGUGCUACAGAGGACGCACCUGAUAUAAAUGAUGUCCAAGAAGGGAAUUUUUUGGGGAAGCAGAAUGGAGACCUUAUUCACUGGAAUGUUGUUGAUGCUGGCAGGUCUUCAAAGAGCAUGCAACAAACCUUCAGUGAUGGAACUGAUGAUGAUUCGAUGGGAAUAUUUUUGAAAGACUAUCUAAAGCAUCUAAAAUCAAAGAAAAAGAACAAAUCCGGUAGCACAAAACCUAUCAAAGUUAGCAAUAAGUUGAUUAAUAAUGGCAUAAGUUGCGAUGAGUUUUAUUCUGGUGGAACGAAUAUGCUAUCUGGUAUAAGCUCCAGUACAAAAACCCCUGUGAAAAGGAAAAAUAGGUCUGAAGAGGAAGAUGACGAAACUAAAACAGGUGAAAUGAUGGCUUCCAAAGAUGAGGAGACACUGGCAUAUUUUAAAGACAAGGCAUUUAGAAAGUUAAAAUCUCAGAGGACUAGUUUAUGUCAGGCACAGCACCAAGCCGGUUUUCAAUUGAAUGACCAGGAGCAAGGGGUGUCUGAAGUUACUGCUCCAGAGAAUUCUGGUCAAGAUAUCAUUUGCCUAGAAAGUGCGGUAAUGUCAUGCACUGUUCAAUUGAAUAACAAGAUGUUACAAGAGAUGACUGAUAUAAAUAUACCUGAAAAUUCUAUGAAAACUAUUCCUACUUCUGAAAUUUCAUGUGGUAAAUUAGACUCGGCCAAUAGUAGUGUGAUGAGAAUUAAUUGCCAAAGCUAUGCAGUUGAAGAGAUGGAAUUGGAGAAACCUAAAAGUAAAAGGCAGCGAUUUGAAAAUGGUUCUGCUAAGCUGAAUUCAGAGAAGGUGCCUUAUUUAGUUGAUUUGGUCCUUGAACCAGCUGCAGAUGACAAACACACAAGAAAUGCAACACCUAUCGAUACUCAAAAAGUUGCUUGCGGGGCUGGAUUGGAUGCUGCCAACUUGUCAGUUUUGUCCGAAGAAAAAUAUCAUGUAGGUCAUCAUAGAUCUUUUUCACCUGGAACUAAAGUACAAUUGUUUUCAUCACGUGCCAAUGAAACUCAAGAUAAGGAGAAUGGAUCCUUUAUUGGAAAGCCAAAAUGUAAUUUCAUUGAUCUAUUUGAAGAUCUAGCACACGAGAAAAGGGACAAGUCUGUGAUUGAGAGUUCACAAGUGGAAAACACAAUUGCGACAUCUGUUGUUGAUGUGAUCAAUGCAUUCUCUGCAUGUGUUGAACACCUUCCAACAGAGCCACUUAUGGAGCAGGAUGUUCGUGGUGAAUCUUUUCAGGAGCUACCUGCAAAGUUGCCUUCUGCCAGAAAAUUAAUGACUCCAUACUCACAGGAAAGGCUUCUACAGGCUUCGGACUUCAAACAUGAUUUCCCAAAUUCACCAUCUGCAGGAUGUGCAUUGCCACAAAGUGAAUCAGAUGCAGCACACAAGAUGAAUAUGCAAUACGAAUUGAAUGACACUAAUUCAACAAUGAGGGUUUUGGACUUCUCUUCAAAUGAUGCUGUAAAUGGUUUUACUUUUCAAAGUUCAGAUGCUAAUGGGUUGGAGUCCCCUUGUAACGAUAGGCAGUCUCUACAGGUUGAUGACUUUAAACGUGUUUUCACAAAGUCAUUACCAGCAGGAUGUCCAUCCCAGCAGUGCAAGUCAGAGUUAGAUGCAGCAGAGAAAGUGGACGUGGAUUCUCAUCCGUGUGAUGCUAAUUCAAAGGGUUUUACAUUUCAAAGUACAGAUGUUACAGGGUCCCCUCGUAACAAUAAAAGACUUGUGCAUGUUGAGGAUUUUAGAGUUUCUUUCACAAAGUCACCACCACCUGUAGGAAGUGCAUCUCAGCCAAGUAAUUCAGAUGCAGCUAACAUAAAUGUGGUUUCAUCUGAUACAAAAUCAAAGGAUUUUACUUUUCAAAGUCCAGAUUUUAAACGUUUGGGUAAUCCUAUUGUAAAUAAAAGCCCAAUACGGCGACAAAAUUCCCCUUUUCCACACCGGAAAAGUCCUCAGUCACGCCUUUACAAUAGUAUCCCAUUGGUAGCUGAUCGUCUUGGCAGUCAGACAUCUCCCCUGCCUCAAAGAAAUAUAUCAGAGAACAAUUAUUUGGCAAACUAUAGAGAAGAAGCUUCUCCUUCCUCAACCAUCAAAAGCAUCCUUAAGUCUCCAGGCAUUUGCCCCACAGCAUGUAAAUGUGAUAUAUGUUAUUCUAUACAAUCUAGAGCUGAGAAAGCAAGUGCAUUUACCCAGCGCCAGAUGCGUGAUAUAGAAAAUUUAGCAAACAACCUUUUAAGUGAACUCAAUUCAAUGCGGACUAUUGUUGAAGAAAAUCUGAAUUCUGAAGCAGUUCGGCUUACAGUAGAGGAGAUGAAAGGUGCUGCUGCUAGUGCUCUAGAAGCCGAGGAAACAACAAAAAAAUGGAUUGCUAUGAUGUCUCGUGAUUGUAACCGUUUUUGUCAAAUCAUGCAACGUUCUGUUGACAAAAAACCCAGUUUUUCAAUUGAUUGCGAAAAGCAACAAAAAAAGAUCAUUUUUGCAGAUGAAGCUGGCAAGGAACUUUGCCAUUUUAAGAUUUUUGAAAAUGACGAGAAAGAGGAGAACCGACAAAUGGAGGAUUGCCUAUGAAGGAAUAUAGGGAUCAUGUAAUGAGCCAAUGAGAAAAUGCUAAUAAUAUGUGAAAGAUAUCACUAUAUUUACUUCUUACACAGUGACAGGAAUUCUUUUGACAGUAACAGUAUAUUGUUGUCAAAGCAGUACUUCACUAUAGACAAUGAUUUGUACUGUUAUUGGCUUAUUUUCCAGAUUAACGCACCUUGUAUACUAGAAUUGGGUCAUUUGAGUCUCCAGAAUUUAGGCAUUAUUAUUUGAAUCACUUUGGAUGACAUCAGAUUUCCCUUGUUCAGUAAAAUGGUAAGCAUUCACCAACCAUUAUAUUUAAUGGACUGGAAUGCUCAAGUUCAGCACGCCUCUUGGCUAAGAAGCUACGCCAUGUGGCACUUUCACUCAGCUUUAUCUGUGCCUGCCUGUCUUACUACAGCUCAUUAACAUGCAGAGAAUACCAUGUGGGGUUUGAGCCCAUAGCUUCGUUAUGGCAAUUGCUCUGCCAUAUUACUUGAUUACUGUAUUCUGGAUAUGGAAGAUCUGAGAUUACUUUGUUUGCAAUAUAUGGUCUUUUACUGGGAAUUGCAUGAGAUAAUGUAUCUGUCCCUCCCAAACAUUAGUCUCAUGACUGUUGGACUGGUCACAAAUUCCUAUAUUUUAAAGGUUUUGUGCAAGAGCAGGAUUUCAAAAAGAGCAAGGUUUCUCAUUUUAUCUUGGCAGCAUAAACAUUCGUUGCAGGUAUCUUUUAAUUGACUGGCAUUUUAUUUUAUUGAUUAAUUUCUCACAUUCUAAAGUUUA